AUGGCUAAGUCACUGGACCCUGCACCUCUCUCGCCUGUAGUGGGGCCAAGUGAUGAUGAACGCGAUAGCGACCUUGAUUUGGGCGCCGCGCUUGGGGACGGUGCGAAGCGUGUUGCGCCAAAAAAAGGGAAGGUUCCAGCUCUGGAUGAUCCAAUUCACCUACGGGCUGUGCUGGGGAAACGUUGUUCAUGCAAGAAGCGUGAUUGUUUCGGGCAGUUUUCUGGGCCAAAAGAGUUUGCAGAGUUCCAUCAGUAUCGAGCUGACUUCAAGAGUUUGCACAAGUUGGACCAAGACAGAGUGGUUUUCGAUCGUAUCCGCACUCAACUGGAGUCAGACUCAAGCUGGACAUUCCUGGAUCGAGAAGUGUGCUUGAAGAGCUGGAAAAGCUUGUCUGGCAUUGGUUCUAGGAGAUUCAACCGGAUGAAAAAGGCUAUCAGUGACGGGCAGUCCACCCCUCCUGCAGAUAUUCGCUACAUGAAGAAGCCACAGUCAGACAGAAAUUCUCUGGAGAAAGUGUCUUCCGUGGUUUCCUACCUCACGGAAAUCUACCAGAGUGUUGCAGAAACUUUGCCUGACUUUAGGGAUGACACUUGGGAUGUCCAAACAUCUUUGGAGUUGGGAGAUGCUCUGGACAAGGAUGACUAUGCAGACUCUGCUGCGGGGUCAAGCCAAAAGAAAUGCAAAGGGAAGGGAAGCAAGACUAGAAAGAUGAAACGAUCAGUAAUGGUAAAUCUAGACAGGAAACCUGAAAGUGGUGGGUUGUACGAAGAUAGGUGGUUGCCGCCUGGGCAAAUCAAAGACCAUUGGGAGUUAUACAAGAAGCGUCAGCGGGGUUUCCAGUGUGCAUCAUUUACCACGUUUUGGCGAGUAUGGUUGCGGGAGUUCCCCAUGCUGAAAAUACGUUCUGUGCGACAGCACCCGGAAUGUGGAGUAUGCAUGAAGCAUAAGUGCUUAUUAAGAAGUUUGUCAGCACACAUCAAUGCACGCCAAAAACAACAAGAAGAAUAUCACCGACAUUUGCACUCACAGUACCUUGACCGGCUGGAGUACUGGUCCCACAGAGGAAGAUCGCGGACAGGAGGGCAUGGAUCAGGCCAAAUUCGCGUUUCCAAGACACAAGGUUCUCAAGUCGAAAGACUUCAGCACGUUCCAAAGACCCCGUGCGCAUGUUGUUGGGUGCCUCAUGCACGGACGAGGGUUGCUCUUUUUUGUCACAAACCCCGAUCUCCCCAAGGAUUCAAGCACCCACAUAGAAAUCGUUGCUCACGCCCUAAGCUGGUUAGAAUCUUGUGGGGAGUCUUUGCGCGACCUCUCGGUGACGCUUCAAUGCGACAACACGGUGCGCGAGUGCAAGAAUUCCGUGAUGUUAUCAUUCCUUGCCAGUUUGACUAUGAAGGGCACCUUUCAAAAACUACGGAAGUAUUUACAAUUUUCUUCUUUCCCCUGGCUUGUUGGUUUCAAGUUUGA